UCAUGUUUAGCACCAAAUCCACUUGCUUUUUGGGCAAUCGCCGUUCCAUAUUUGAUUUUGCCGAAAAAAAGGAAUUACUUUUGGAUGCAUUUGGUAUGAGUGAUAAAAGCAGUACCACCAACAGCCUACCGAAUAGUCCUAUUCACAAUAACAACAACAAUACAUCAUUGCUGAAUAAAAACAAUGCUGUCGCCAAUCUGUGCAGCAACAACAACAAUGCGAAUGCCAUCAAUAAUAACAACAACAAUACAUGCAGUACAAAUCGUAAUCUGAUGGUCGUCGACGGUGAAUCGUGCUUUCGCAUGGACACUGACGGGCCAUUCCUGCGCGAAGAACCCGAUCCAGACAAUAUUAAAAUGUUCGUUGGCCAGGUGCCAAAGUCCAUGGAUGAGGCUCAGUUGCGUGCCAUGUUCGAAGAAUAUGGACCGGUGCAUUCGAUAAAUGUGCUGCGCGACAAAGCCACCGGAAUCAGUAAAGGUUGUUGUUUUGUGACAUUUUAUACCCGCCGUGCUGCCUUAAAAGCCCAAGAUGCCCUGCACAAUGUUAAAACUUUAAAUGGGAUGUAUCAUCCCAUACAAAUGAAACCCGCCGAUAGUGAAAAUCGUAAUGAACGUAAACUGUUCAUUGGUAUGCUAAAUAAGAAACUGAACGAAAACGACGUUCGAAAACUAUUUGAAGUACACGGAGCCAUUGAAGAGUGCACGGUGUUGCGUGAUCAAAACGGUCAAAGUAAAGGGUGUGCCUUUGUGACAUACGCUACGAAACAUUCGGCGAUAUCUGCGAUAAAAGUAGUAAUUUUCACAUUUUUUUUUUCUAAAUUGAUUAAUCUAACAAUACUAACACGGCAUGAAAUUUAG